AUGAGCAGCCAGGAACAGCAACAGGCACAAGUGACUGCAGCGCAAGUGAUGCAGGAGCUUGUGAAUCUGAGAAACGAACUCACAAGGCAACGCGAAGAGAAUGAUCGGCUAAGGGCCGAGCAAAGCACAGCACUUGAGCGAGUGCGGCAAGAGAGUGCAGCUCAAGUUGCGGAAGUGCGAGCACAAGCGCAUACGGCAGUGCAGCAGGCGACGGCUCAGAUGGGCACGAUGCCACAGUUGGUGAGCGACAUGGUCAAGUCGAACAAGGAACUGGUUGAGGCCAUGGCAAAGAAAGGAGGACCAAACGAGAAGCUCUGUUUGGUCGACACAAAGGGCCUGGGAAAGCCGACGACCUUCUCAGGUGAGAGUGAACAGUUCCUACCAUGGAGGCAUCGAAUGUCGAGCUACGUUUGUUCGAUCCACCAUGAUCUGCAAGAAGUUCUAGAGUGGCUCGAAGAGAGAGAGAAGCCAUUCUCCUCGGAGGAGUUGGACACAGCCUUUGGAGAAAAGGCGUUGGAGGCGGAUCGAGUUCCCAGACUGCAAGAAAAGUCGAGGGAGCUCGCGAACGCGCGAUACGAUCCUGCGACUGCAAGCAGGAAGCGCACGAUGUUGAGAGCGAUUAUAUCGCCCCAGAAGCAGAAGCUGGAGAAUCUCCCUCAGGCCAUCGAAGAAUGGGCCGACGCUGUGCGCACUUACGAGAAGCGCAAGGACAGCACAGGGCGACGAACGACCCUGGCUGAUGAGAUAAAGAUGGCAGCACUGGAGGCAAUGUUGCCACAGGAGCUGGAGUCUCACAUCCAGUUGAACCAGAGCCGGUUCUCCACGUACGACGACGUGCUCGACGAGGUGACUCGCUUCAUCGAGUACAAGACAGGAAAGAGUCUGAAGGUGAUGUCUGCAGCCGCAGCCAGUGCGGCGAGCAAGGAUGAUCCUAUGGACCUGUCGUAUGUGGAGAGAGGCAAAGGAAAAGGAGCAAGCAAGGUCGUGUGCCACAACUGCGGCAGGAGCGGACACUAUGCAAAGGUUCGCAGCAGCAACGGGGCUCACCCAAAGGUCCAGGGCAACAAGGAGGAAAACCAAGCAGCAAAGGAGGAAGAGGGAGAAGAGGAUGAAGGCUGGGAAGACGGAGACUGGGGAGAAACCUGGGAGGACGGUUGGGAGGAAGCAGAAACAAACAACCUCUACGUGGGAGUUCCUCCAAAGGAGGAAAAAGACGAGGAUGAAAAGGAGCUGGAAGCUCUGGAAGAGCAAAUGGACAGAGCAAGGGGUCAGUUCCAAGACCUGAAGGAAAAGGUGGAACUUGCGAGGAGACGUCGCCAGGAAAGACUUCUUCAGGAAGCGGAAGAGCUGGCAGAAGCCAGGAGACGUUCCCGCGGCGAGGUGCCAGGGCAGUCCAGCUUCGGAGCGUUUUCGUCUUCGUCGCGAGGACCUCCGGAGAGAGUGCGCGAGCCAAAGGCCGGAAAGAAAGAGGAGAAGAAGGAGGUGAGGUCUAAGGCUUUGGACACGGCACCCUGGAAGCGCGUUUCGCGCUACCGGGCCGAGAACACCGCCGAAGUCACCACCGCCUUCCAGGACCAAAAGUCCGCUUCUCAAGCCGAAGGUAGAGCCAAAGAGAACAGAGCCAAAGUCACCACCUUCGAAGCCAAAGGUGGAGAGACAACUUGCUACCACAGCGCCGAAGUGGGGAGCCUCAAGGAGCCAAAGACCUGUGGCGAAGGCAAAGCCAAAGCUUCUAAGGAGUCCGGCGUCUUGGGCAGGAACACCUUGACGGAGUGA